UUUUUCAACUAAUCUUCCCAGUUACUAUUCUCAACUAUCAUUUCUCCAUCUAUAAAUACCAUCAUCAUCUACCUAUAAACUAUCUUCCUUCAUUAUAACUUUAGUACUGCAAUGAGCAAUUUAAGAAGAGUGAUUUUGGGAGAAGAUUUCAAUGAUUCUUCAGCUGAUGAAGAUCAAAGCGCAGGAGUUAUGAAAUUUAUGGCAUCAGAGUUUCAUAGAAGGAAGAUGCAACGAGACAACCAACCAACUAUGCAUGUUGGUUCUAUAAGUGGUUGGCGAUACAUCCAUCGUGAUAGAGUCUCCGGCAACAAGCGACUAAUUAAAGAUUACUUCGCUGAAAAUCCUGUCUACCCGGCUAACAUCUUUCGAAGACACUUUCGAAUGAAUCGUCCAUUGUUCCUUCGUAUAUUAAAUGCGAUUGAACAAUAUGACGACUACUUUAUCCAAAAGAUUGACGCCGUCGGUUUUCCUGGAUUAUCCGGUUUGCAAAAGAUGACUGCGGCAAUUCGGAUGCUUGCCUACGGUAUGCCCGUUGAUGCUGUUGACGAGUAUGUGAGAAUUGGUGAAAGCACAACAAUUGAGUCUUUGAAGAGAUUCUGUGUGGGAAUCAUUAGCAUUUAUGGUGAAGAAUAUUUGAGAUUGCCGACUGAGGCAGACAUUUCCAGAUUGCUAUAGGAGGGGGAGAAACGUGGAUUUCCUGGAAUGUUAGGGAGUUUGGAUUGUAUGCAUUGGAAAUAGAAGAAUUGUCCUACUGCAUGGCAUGGUCAAUUCACUGGGCAUGUAUAUAAACCUACAAUUAUACUUGAGGCAGUUGCCUCGUUUGAUUUGUGGAUAUGGCAUGCUUUUUUUGGUAUGCCUGGAUCUCAUAAUGAUAUCAACGUUCUCGAUCGGUCUCUUUUCUUUGCUGACCUCGUUGAAGGACGUGCCCCUCCUGCCAACUAUACCAUCAAUGGCAACCAAUACACUAUGGGAUAUUAUCUUGCUGAUGGUAUCUAUCCUAAGUGGGCAACCCUUGUCUAAACGAUUUCUUAACCUCAAGGAUUGAAAAGGCAACUAUUUGCAACAAUGCAAGAGUCAUGUCGGAAGGAUGUGGAAAGGGCAUUUGGUGCUCCAAGCACGUUUUGCUAUUGUGCAGGGGCCGGCAAGACUUUGGAGCCAUGAAGAUCUUGGCUAUAUCAUGAAGGCGUGCAUAAUUUUGCAUAAUAUGAUCAUUGAAGAUGAGUGUGAUGACUCUCUAGAUGAUGAGUAUGAUGCACCCGAAACGGUGCAUCCAAUUGAAGUGUCGCGGGAGCCGACACCCUUAUUUUCUGAGUUCCUAGCUCGUCAUGGUAUGAUUCGAUCUUCUGCAAUCCAUCACAGACUCCACAAUGAUCUUAUUGAACAUUUGUGGUCACGACAAUGACAGAUUUGAAGAAGUGUGUUUCAGAUGUCUUUUGUUUGGAUCCUUGAUUUAUUAGUAUGCGUGUUUUGUACACUAGAUAGUGUACAAGUGAGUUUGUAAUUUGUUUUUUGUUUUUUGUUUUUUGUUUUUUUAUUUUUUCUAAGUGUUUGUAUUUUAUUUCGCUUGUUUGUCUUAUUACAAAUAAAUAAAAAUAUUUGGCGUCUU